CGAAGGGGCCGUGAGCCGACUCCUGUACUCAGAAGGGCGUUCUUCGUUAGCCCUUAAUUGUGGUCUAAUGAGGUGAUAAAUAACAGAUAACAUCUUCAGGGCUCUUCCUACGGGAUGAGGCCCGCCCGGCGGGAGAAAGAGGCCCGAGGUGCGAACUGCCCUCCGCGCCGAACCGCCCCAGCGUCCUCCCCCGGCACGGGCUCUGCGAUUGGCUGAGAGAAGAGCGCGGCUGAGAGACGGUCCUUCUCAUUGGCCGGGAGUUUGGGCCAGGGUACAAAACGGUGGAACGGGGACGUCGUUGUGCUGCUUCGUGCUCGUGGCGUUCGGGGUGUCGCUUUGUUGGCGAUGUGGCGCUCUGAGAGCGGAGUCGAGCCGGCUGCCACCAGCCGUUCGCCGUUCUGGGAGCUCCUCGCCUUGCUGGGGCAAGAACCCGGCAUGGAGUGGCUGCUGCGUAGUCCAAAUGGCUGUACUGGAUCGCUGGGUUCAAGAGGACAGGAGGCUGGUGGCGGGGACAGAGUGGAUGAACUUGGCCAUGUUUCUGAGAAGCAUCCCUUGGGUCCUUGGCCCCUGAAGACUCUUAUGUUACUGGAGGGCUCAGGAAGUAACCACCAAUGGCAGCUCUACUGUGAGGGCCUGAAGAAUUUUCUUGCCUUUAGAGAAUGCAUGGCACUGCCUGCAGUUUGGCCACUUCCAGUGGGUCAAGUGAAAGGGUUCUUGGUCACCAUGGAGUGUCAGGAUCUGCCUCCCACAAAAAUAGUAACAUACAUGGAAGGGCUGUCCUUCAUCUCCAAAAUGGUAGAUCAUUCUGACCCUCUUCAAGACCCUGCUGUCUGUCACAUGAUAUCAAGAUUGAAAUGUAGGACUGCUGUUUCAAAAGAAAAAUACUCUCCUGUAACAAUUGAAGUGUUAAGAUCUCUCCUGGGAACUCUGGAGUCUGUGUGUAGCUCUCCUUAUGAAUGUAUAUUGUUCCGUGCCUUAUUUACUGUGGCUUUCUGGGGGGCACUACACACAGAAGAAAUAGUGGCAAAUCACAAAAAUGUUGUCCAGCCAAAGCUCUUGUACUUGAGUGAUCUCCAGCUGACUAGCUGGAGUGCGAACCUUUGCUUGCGUACAUCUCAAAUAGGUCAAGAAAGGUCUUUGGUCCAACUGGCACUUUCUAGAGAGACGUGGGUAUGUCCUAUUGAAGCUCUCCAUGUUUAUGUGGCAGCACGGCCACAAGGAGAGGGUCCUCUCUUUGUGCAUUUGGAUAAUAGACCUGUCACAAAGAGGGAGUUCCUAACAGUCUUCCGACGUGCUCUUGGACUUGCUGGACGUCCUCCGAAUCAGUAUGGUGUGCAUUCUUUCUGGCUGGGGGCUCUUGUAACAGUGUGGUCUUCAUGGGUAUUCUGAUGAAGCCAUUGACAGAAUAGGAAGGUGGAGAUGAGUUAGUUAGAAGAGGACAUAAUUACAGCUUUCCAUUGGACGUCUGUGGUAAUGGAUAUCUUCUACAAUGUAGAGAUGUUUUCUACUGAAUAUAGUUUCAGUACCCUGCUAAGUUGUAGAAAAGAAGGAGUAAUUGCUAUUUUUCUCACCCAAGAUGGCUUUGAGACUGUCUUGAUUUUAAAACUAUUGUGACUUGUGGCUUUGUUGGUAUGUAUGCAUACAGCAUAUUUGUGCUGGCUGUAUUUUGACCUUAUGUAAUUUUUUAUUAAACUACAUUUUCUUUUCAUA